AUGGAGGACACUAAUGAAAUUGAUAUGAAGUUAGCAAAUGCUAAUACUAAAUAUCCAAUGUUAUCUUUUGAAAAACAAAUAUUUAUGGAUUUAUUUGAAAAGGAUGCACUCUUGAUCAUGGCAAAAGGACUGAAUUAUACCACAAUAUUAUCAAACUUCCUUUGGUUAUACAACGACCCAGCCAACUUAGUGUUAGUAUUAAAUAGCAAUGAUCAUGAAGAAAAGUAUUUUAUGGAGAAGUUUAAUUUGACAGCUUUACCAACUUUAGGCUCUGAAAGGGAAAAAAAAUAUUUAGAGGGUGGAAUUCAUUUUGUUACAACAAGAAUCUUGGUGGUGGAUCUAUUGAAAAAUCGAGUGCCCAUUUCUCAUAUUACAGGAAUGAUUGUGUUAAGAGCCCAUACAGUUUUAGAAUCCUGCCAAGAAGCUUUUGCACUAAGGUUAUAUAGACAAAAAAAUAAGAUAGGCUUUAUUAAAGCAAUGUCUAAUUCUCCCAUAUCUUUCACAUUUGGAUAUCAUCAAGUUGAAAAAGUGAUGAGAGCAUUGUUUGUCACAGAAUUAUUCUUGUGGCCUAGAUUUCAUGGAACAGUUAUUAAAAGUCUCAAAAGUAGAAUAGCUGAAGUUGUUGAGUUACAUGUACCCCUCACAAUGAAUGUGACUCACAUACAAACCUGCUUAAUAGAUAUUAUGAACUAUACGGUGAAAGAACUCAAGAGUAUUAACAGAAAUUUGGACAUGCAGGAAAUUACCACAGAAAACUGUCUUACAAAAAAGUUCCACAAAAUACUACAAUCACAGCUGGACUGUGUUUGGCAUCAGUUGAGUACAAGAACUAAGGAAUAUAUUCAAGAUUUAAAAAUACUAAGAAGUAUGAUAAUAAAUGUUAUUCACGAUGAUUCUGUAACAUUUUACGCCCUAAUUAGUAAAUAUAAAACGCCCGAAUAUGCUCAAAUUAACUCAGGCUGGAUACUCCUCGAAUCGGCCGAACAAUUAUUUCGUCUUGCUAGAGCACGAGUUUAUAAUAACAAAAAUGAAUUCGAGCCUGAACCAUCUCCCAAAUGGAAAAUACUUAGUGAACUUCUGAUAGACGAAAUACCAGAAGAAGUCAAAAAGAAAAAAGAUGGAAGUUUGAAAAAUACUAAAAUAUUAAUACUAUGCCAUGAUAAUAAAACAUGUUCACAACUAAAUCAUUAUCUCACAAUGGGGCCGAGUAAAUAUUUGUUCUAUAAAGCCUUUCGAAGUGAAUUAACCAUAAAUGCAGUUUCGGCAAAAUAUAACGAUUUUAAACAUAUUACUGUGGAAGAAAAAGUUAAACCGGAAACAAAUAGGAAUAUUACAAACAGUGCAAUAGAAAAGGACGAUGUCAAAGAAUUGGAUACUUGUGAUGAUUUUGAAGCAGAUGAUAUGCAAUGCAACUACGUUCUUACUUUAUCACAAGUAACACAACAAAACAACGAUUUAAAUGAAAGCAUGUUUGAAUCAAUAACACAGGUUGAUAAUUUAGAUAUAACUCAAAUGGAAAGUGAAAAGCCAUUAAUAUUUAUUCAAAAUAUCAAAGAAAAUGGAAAUCAAUUUUCACUUGAAAGGUCAUUAGAAACUUUACGUCCAGAGUAUAUCAUAUUGUAUCAUAGUGAUGUAUCGGCUGUUAGGCAAAUAGAAUUGUACGAAUGUCGAAAGCAACCUGAUGAGGUGACUAGCAAAGUUUACUUCAUGAUUCAUGAUAAAACAGUAGAGGAACAGGCUUAUCUUACAUCUUUAAAAAGGGAGAAACAAGCGUUCGAAUUAUUAAUUGCAACAAAAAGUACAAUGGUCGUACCCAAUUACCAAGACGGAAAGACAGAUGAAUAUUUUAAUUUGAAUGUUGAAGAGGACUCUGCAACUGUUGAUACAAGAAAAGCUGGAGGUCAAAAGCCCUCUGAGAAGCCCUUAGUCAUAGUCGAUAUGAGAGAAUUUCGAUCUGAUCUACCUGCACUGCUUCACAAGAAAGGCAUCAACAUUGAACCUGUAACAAUUGCGAUUGGCGAUUACAUUCUCACUCCUGAAAUAUGUGUGGAACGAAAAUCGAUAUCCGAUUUAAUCGGUUCCUUAAAUUCGGGACGCUUGUAUACACAGUGCACGCAAAUGUGUAGAAAUUAUAGCAGACCUAUUUUACUUAUUGAAUUCGAUCAAAAUAAACCCUUCAAUUUGCAGGGUCAUUUGAUGGUAUCGUCAGAUAUUUCUGGAGCUAACAUUCAACAGAAACUUCAACUUCUCACAAUACACUUUCCCAGACUUAAGUUGGUUUGGUCACCGAGUCCUUAUGCCACCGCGGAACUGUUUUAUGAAUUGAAGCAAGGAAGAAAAAAUCCUAGUGUUGUAGAGGCACUAGCACUCAGCGGUGAUAAUACCGCAGAUGACAUGAAUUAUGAAAGAUACAAUAUCCUGGUCCACGAUUUCGUACAAAAAUUACCAGGCGUCACUUCAAAAAAUAUAUCAAGGAUCCUGAACAGAGGUGUCUCUUUUGAUCAUUUACUAUCGUUAACAAAGAGUGAAUUAGAAAAUAUAAUUGAAAAUAAAGGCGAAGCUGAAACUCUUUAUUCUAUAUUGCACAUUAAAGCAAAACCAGCUGACGUUUCAAAUGAAGAGAAAAAGUUGGGGAAGAAGAAGUUUCCAUGGAGAUCUGCGUAUAAGAAAUAA